UAUAUGCUUUUUGUGUGAGUCAGUGAGAGAAGAUUUUUGUUGUAGAGUUUUUUGUUUUGAACGCCUUGUUAGCAAAUCAACAACGUUCAUUCUUCUUUUCAAUAAACAUUUUUGAGAAAGCACUUGAAGCCUGGUCGGCGAUUUGGAUUCCCAGUUUUUUUAAUUGAAAUGGUACUUUUUCAAUCCUUUGGUGGGAUGUACUGGGAAUUCUCUCAUUGAGGUAUCCGUUGGUGUGCUGGAAAUUUGGGGCACGUAAAGAUUUGUCUUGGAAAAUCCUCUAGAGAUUAAUUCGAUGUUUAUUGAUGGCCAGGCUGAGAGUCGUGUAAUAGACCCUUUUGUAUGUUAAAGGGUGUUCCGGUAGUACAAAAUUGUAUGUAUUUAUCGAUCCUGUUUAAAGAAGUAAUAGAAGUACAUUUAUUUACCAGAUUUACAUUUAUUCAGUCUAUUGGAAAUAAUAAAUUUGGCAGAUUUAUUUAGAAGUUCGAUAUUUGACGUGACAUUUUGACAAAAUUUAAGGAAGAUUGCAGUGUGUUUAUCCAGGCAAAUGAUUUUUUUUAUUGAAGGAAAUAAGGACGGUAAUAGAUUUUAUUUUAUUUUAUGGGAGAAAACAAGAAAGAACAAGGUACAAUUUAGAUUGGGUUAAGGGGUCUAAAAAGGGGACUAAAAUACAAUGAUUUUUAUAUUUAUGUGAAGGAAACAGCUGGUUCUGGUUUAUUUUUUUUAAUUAAUUACUUACUUUUGUUCUUAUAAACUAUUGAAAUCAAAAUUAAUAUUUGUAUGUAAAAAGGGACUUAAAAAUUUUGUUGACAUUAUAUUCUCUAUAGUUAUCUAGUGUUUUAUUUGAACUGUCAUGUCUCAUGCUCAUCUAAAUCAAACCAACUAAUUAAAAAUAAUAAUUCCGACUGAGAAAUAGCUGUGGUACAUUUUUGGCGGCCAACUUAAGGGGCUUUUCAACCACCCGAGAUUUUUAUUUUUUUUUAGAUAGUUCAAGUAAGACAUAGGUUACGUAGAGUUACAGAAGUUGAAAAUUAAUAAUCAAAAGUUAAAUGUACUUUUAUUUAAAGUGAGGUAGAGGUUUUCUUGUCUUAUUUUUUUGUGUAUUUUAAUUUCUCUAAAAGAAAAUGUCGUUUAAACUUGAUGUUGACCGUUUGGUCAAAGACGAACUUGAAGUUGAGUUGCAAAUGAGAGGUAUUGUUUUGACUAAUUGUAAGGUAGAAGAGUUAAAGAGUACUUUGCGUAGUUGCCUUGUUUUAGAAAAAUCUGGCAAAAUCCCUAACUUUGAUUUACCUCCUGAUAUUCCUGCUGAGUUGACAAGUUGUGAAAAUAAAUUAAAAGAGAUUCUGAAUAUUAUUAAUGCUUUUACAGGUACUGCAAACCAAAUAAGAAGGAUUGAGACUAAGUUUGCACAUCUUUCAGGUAGAUUGAACCGUAUUCACAGUACAGACACUGAUGAAAUGUCAAAGCGUUCUGCAUUGUUAAAGAAAUUGAUGGAUUUGAUAGGUGAAUAUACUACUAAGUCUAAUGUUUUGAAAACUAGUAAUGUUGUUUCUGUAGAGAUGCCUACUGAUCCUAAUUUUUAUCAUCAUAUUGAUUUAUCAGGUCUUAAUUUAAAUGAUCCUAAUGGUAAUUCUACCCCUACUCGAAAUAUUUCUGCACCGAAUGUGAGUAACCAAGCAAAUCAAACUUCGAAUUCAACAGUUAAUCCCAUUGUUUCCUUGUCAUCUAAUAAUUUUCCUUCAGAACCUGUAUAUAAGUGGGGAAUUAAGUAUUCUGGUAAACCGCAAAAUUUUUCUGUUUUUCUUGAAGAAGUUGAGGAGUAUUGUAGGUCACGUAAUGUAAAUAAAAUUCAGUUAUUUUCUUGUGCUAGAGAUUUAUUUACUGGUAAUGCUUUAGGUUUUUAUAAAUUGUAUAGGAACUAUGCUAGCAACUGGGAUAGUUUAGUGAGCCUAAUGAAGGAAGAAUUUACCCUUUCUGCAGAUGAGAUCUGGCAGGAUAUUCUUCAUACUACUCAAGAAUCUAACGAGUCCAUUGGUAUGUUUGUUGCCAAGAUGACCAGUAAGUUCGAACAAAUGCCAACACCAGUUCCGGACAGUUUAAAAAUGCAGGUGUUACUUAAAAACAUUUUACCUUUUUAUCAGGAAAGAUUAACUUUAGUCGAAGUAAAGAGUCCUUUUGAUUUAAUUGACUUGUGUCGAAAAAUUGAGCAAACUCGAAUUAAUAUUGAGUCGUUUAAGCCUUCUUCUAGUAGUAGAGCUAAUUCUUCUCGUCAUCACGUUGUACAAGAAGUAGAGGCGUUUGUACCUAAAUGCUGGCGCUGUAAUGAGUAUGGUCACGUGGUUAAGGACUGUAAGAGGCCAAAACGUGUGUUUAGAUGCUUUGGUUGUAACAAGGAAGGUUUUACUAAAAAUACUUGUCCUCAAUGUAAUUCACAGAAUCGUAACAAUAAUAAUUCUAGAACUGGAAACAAUUCUGGAAAUAAUUCGGGAAACGGCAACCGGAGAUAGUGGACGACCGGGCUAUCUCGAAUCGGAACGGACAGUUAACGGUCGAUAAGGAAGAAGGUAGUGAUAAUUUUUAUUCAUUUAAGUUAGUUUUAGAUUAUAUUUUAGCACAGAGUAAUGACAGUGAAUGUCUUUAUGUAGAAGUUGAUAUCUUAGGUAAGACAGUAUUCGGUUUAUUGGAUUGU